UACUCUCUUUGUCCUUCAACAGAGUACCCAUGUUCUGGAAUGUUGGGAAUGGUCUCAGGCCUUAUCGCAGACUCUCAGAUCACAGUUUCAUCCCACACCGAGCGCACCUGGGUGUCAGAGAAUGCCCGUCUGUUGACCAGCCGUUCGGGAUGGUCCUUGUUGCCGCAGCCCCAGCCGUAUGUGGAUGAGUGGCUGCAGAUAGAUCUGGGUGAGGAGAAAUUGGUCCGAGGUUUGAUCAUCCAGGGAGGUAAACACCGUGAUAACAAGGUAUUCAUGAAGAAGUUUCGGCUGGGCUACAGCAACAAUGGAUCCGACUGGAAAGUGGUGAUGGAUUCUACCGGCAACAAGCCCAAGAUAUUUGAGGGGAAUUUGAACUAUGACACGCCAGCGUUGAGGACGGUUGAGCCUGUGUUGACACGCUUUGUUAGGGUGUACCCAGACAGAGCCACUCCUGCUGGGAUGGGACUUAGAUUGGAACUCCUGGGCUGUGAAAUGGAAGUGCCCACAGUGCCCCCUACUAUGCCCACAUCCUCCACUGCGCCAUCAGACGAGUGUGAUGAUGACCAGGCCAACUGCCACAGUGGAACAGGUGAUGACUACGACCAGACAGGUGGAACCGCAGCGCCAGAGAUGACCACAGAGACGAGCACUGUUCCAGCGUUCCUGUGGUUCGCCUGUGAUUUCGGCUGGGCCAGUGAUCCUUCAUUCUGUGGCUGGAUGUCCGAGGACAGCGGUUUCAGGUGGCAGAUCCAGUCCAGCGGCACCCCGACUCUGAACACCGGCCCAAACAUGGACCACACUGGCGGAUCAGGGAACUUCAUCUACACCCUGGCCACAGGUGCUCAGGAGACAGAAGUGGCUCGGUUAGUGAGUCCAUCCGUGUCGGGCCAGGACUCGGACCUGUGCUUGUCCUUCUGGUAUCACAUGUUCGGCUCUCACAUCGGCACGCUUCACAUCAAACAGCGCAGAGAAAGCAGCCAGGGCUCAGCUGACGUCCUGCUCUGGACGGUCAGCGGUCAUCAAGGCAACCGCUGGAGGGAGGGCCGUGUGCUCAUACCCCACUCCAACAAACCCUACCAGGUGGUAAUUGAAAGCGUAGUGGAGAGGAAGAGUUGGGGAGACAUUGCUGUGGAUGACAUCAAGAUCCUAGACAGUCUGAACGUGGAUGACUGCAAGGACCCAGAGCCAAUUCUAACGGAGGACAAAUUCAAUGACAUCAUCGUGGACAUCACAGACUUCCCUGAGAUCGUGGAGAACCACGAGAUCAGCGGCGCUGGAAACAUGCUGAAGACGCUGGACCCCAUCCUCAUCACCAUCAUCGCUAUGAGCGCGCUGGGGGUCUUCCUCGGAGCCAUCUGCGGCGUGGUCCUCUACUGCGCCUGCUCCCACAGCGCCAUGUCCGACAGGAACUUAUCCGCUCUGGAAAACUAUAACUUUGAGCUGGUGGACGGCGUCAAGUUAAAGAAGGACAAGCUCAACUCACAGAACACGUACUCAGAAGCGUGAGACCAAUGAGAGGGGACCUCUCCUCAGGGAGGGCGGGGCUAAACGGACUGCCGAAGCCUUCUGAUUGGAGGAGGACAAGGCUCUGUGGUUCAGUGAACCAAUGAGAGGUCUGGACUGAGCCAUGCUUUUCUCAGGAGCUGCAGUGAACAGAACCUACCAGUAGGGGACACUGUGUACAAAACAUUGAAUUCAUGGGAAAAAACUCAAACUAAAACAAAAUGAAAAAUAAGAAUAUGUACAGAUGAUUGAAAUUGUUAUUUUAAUUUUUAAUUUUAUCGUUUUGUAUUAAUUUUGGUUGCUCAUUUUUACAAUCGGAUGCUGGUGUUGAGACCAAUAUAUAAUAAUGUUAUAAAGUAUUUAUCUUUUUUUUUUCUAGGAGGAAAUUUAUUUUUUAUUUUAAAAGAUUGUUUUGCGCUUUAAGGAGAUGUGAAUAAAAAACAAAAAACAAAUGAACCAUAUAUGGCCAAGGGAAGGUAAUUUGGAAGGGCAAAGAUCAAAGGGGGUGGAGAAUCAUCCAGCCCUGUUGCAUUCUGGGUAUGGUUCAGUCAGUGCCUUUGGUACAUCUUUUUUGGCCUCCUCUGUUGUUUUUAUGGUGUUUUCAACCCUUUAGUUCUCAAAAUAGCUGUCAGUCGAAUCUGCAAAACAAAUCCCGGUAAAUUCAUAGCGCUUUAACGUUGAAAUCAUGCAUAUUGUACAUAAGUUUUAAUAUAUUUUAAUGCCGUUUUUCAGAGAAAUUAGUAAAAGGACAAAAAAGAAAGCUGCAGUAUCCUUUUUUUCUUGGGUUGUAUGUUGUAAAUACAAUCGUCCGACUGUUUUGUGAAAGUGAACCGUGUGCUUUUUCCGUCCUGUUUGGUUAUUUUGCUACGUUUCCAAAAGAUGCAGCCCUCGUUCAGAACAGAUGCUGAUACAAAUCAUGAGAACAAGCACUCGCACAUACACUAAACGCAUUUCAUCUGCAGUGGCUCGACUGAGUUCACCUGGAUUACAGAUUUAUAAUCAUCAUAACGUUCAGAAUGUCUGUUUAUCCAGCAUACCAAAAAAAGAGAGAGGAAGAAAUGAAUGCUCAUCCUUGCCUUGAUGGCUUUGAUUUGAGGAUUCAUCAAAGCGCUUCUGUCUCCAUCCGUCGAGCUUGAAUGCAUGUGCUCUUGAAUAAAACUCUGAUUUUAAGAGUGGUGCUAUUAGAUGUCCUCACACAUCGUUCUGUCGUUGGCCUUGUGUCUGUACCAAAGGACUGUUGCCUCAAUCUGCAGGGUCCAAUCACAACCAGCCCUUCUCUUGAGACGUCUGGAGAGCAUCUCAUCUCAUCUCUCAUUCAUCAGAUGGAUCUGAUGUUAGCAAUGCCGUACACACACAGUUUAACCGAUAACAGGGCUUCACUGCUGACAAUACUAAUGUUUUCUACAGGUUUCUGGGUAUGUUCAUGUACUGUGUGCUGUAUACUGUGGCCAACACUUCUGUUUUCCCCUUUCUUUCCGAGGACGUGGAUCCUCGAGUCGAUGCUACAUGUGUGUCAGCUGAAGCUGAUUCUGUGAGAAAGCAUACUGUAGCAUUAACGAAAAAGAAACAUUGUUGCACUGAUCGAUAUAUUUGAAGAAGUUUAUGUGUUUAUAGCAUUCAUUUAUAAAAAAGACAACUGAAAUAAAAAAGACAGUGUUCAUUUUAUAUAUAUAUAUAUAUAAAUAUAGUUUCAGAAUAUGUAAUCCGAUUCUGAAAUGGUCAAUUAUGGAGAUGUUUUCAUUAUUGAAAAAGCUCUACGGAUUUCCUAAAGUAAAGCUCCCAUUCUCUUUUGGUUUUGUACUGUCGUUGAAACUCUGUGCCGAUUUGUUUUGUUUGUGUUCGUUGCGUUUUUUUACAAGAAGAUGCGGAAGCAAAGAAAACGUUUAUUUUCAAUACUGCCUCUGUAAGUUGCUGUUGAAGGAAGAGGGGAAAAAAUGAAUAAAAACAGCAAGGCCUUAAAAUGGAUAUCAAUGUUUUGUAUUUGAACAUCUGCAUCACGGAAGAAAAAGCUCAGAUCGACUGACAUACUCCAAAGAUUCAGCUCCAAUAAAUCUGUUCAGAAACCUUU